ACGGGAAAGAAAACCCCUCCCUCGGAAUCUGCACAUCCCUCUUGGCUCCGUUAGCCGGGAUCGGUUUGGGUUGGGGCGUUGCAGCAUGGCAGAUCCGGUCACGGAGCAAAUCGGCGCUCGAACCGAUUGGCAGCGCGCCCGGGAAGACCCCGCGGGCUUGCCACUCGCCGCUCAGCGCUUGGUAGAGGACGCGGUGGGGAACAAGAUCCCCUUCGGGACUCUUUACAAGGAACAGAAGACGAUCGUGAUCUUCUUGCGGCAUUUUUUGUGCUAUGUCUGUAAAGAAUAUGUGGAGGACCUGGGCAAAAUUCCCAAGAAAUUUUUGCAAGAUGCAAAAGUUAGACUUGUGGUUAUUGGGCAAUCAGCAUAUCAUCACAUUCGGGCCUGUUAUCAGACUCGGAGUCUGAUAAUGAAGAUGAACGGCCUGUUAUGCCUCCAGCCCCCGGCCCUGGCCCCAUGCCCGGAGAGGAUGUCAGGAGUGAACAGACCAGCCCAAGAAACUUCACUCCUACAGCAUGUGAGCAGUCCAGCUGAAGAGAAUUCAAAGUGGGAGGAUCCUCGCUUCUGGAGAUCUGAGAGGCGACGCCAGCAGAAGGAAGGGAGGGGCAGGCCUGGCUAAAUGCUGAGUCAUGGAACCACACCCCACAGCCUAUAUAAAGGACCUGCUUUUGGCAUUCCAAAGUCUCAUCUAGGUUGCUGAUAUUGGACUCUAUCGCUGAAGUCACAACUUGGACUCCUGCCUGCCCUGAGAAACCUCGAAGGAAUUUGGCAAGCUGCAGAGGCUUCGUUGCCACGUUUGAUAUGGACUUCCUUGACCCGGAGGGGGAGUGGGACACGACAUUUUGCCAAGCUGCAUCUGAUUUUGAUUCAAACCUGAAUGUAUUCUCCAACCGUAGAAUAUCCUAGACCAAGCAUGUCAAAUUGGCAGCCUGUGGGCCAGAUGAGUUGCAUGCAGGCCACACCCACCUCUGCAAAGGCAAAAAUCACCUUUUGCCUCUGCAAAGGCAAAAAUCAUCGCGAUACAUCACAAUACAUCACGUGACGCAAUCGAGUUUGAUACCUGUGCAAAAUCAUGCAGAAAUGUUUCUCAUGUAGGAUGUGUUAGAAUCUGAGGUACUUUGAUCUAAAGUAGGGGUCUCCAAUUUCCGGGCCGUGGCAUGCCAGAAACCAGGCCAUGCAAACAACUGAAGUCCAAUCCGCAGGAUGCAGGCAGCACACAAAACUAUACCCCCUCCAAUCUGCAUCUCUUCACAGAACUGGUCCCCGGUGCCCAAAAAGUUGGAGGCCGCUGAUCUAAAGCACAUUUCUUUCCUUUGAACUUAGUUCUGAUCUUCCUGGAAUUGGUUGGUAGUAACUGCCCAGAGGACUAUAGCCUAAUGUAUUCAUAAUGACAACAGAGUUAAUGUAUGCUUUUUGCCAAAUAAACUUCCUCUUCUGCUGUCGU